AUGCGCCACUUAGUGUCUAUCAAGGAUCUGUCUAAUGAAGAGUUCAAAGUGCUCGUAGACAGAGCAGAACACUACAAGAAAGUCUUCAAGUCCGGUGAUGUGGAUGAGGCCCAAAAAAACCACCUGAAGUUACUAGGUAAAACUAUCGCGAUGAUCUUUUCAAAAAGAUCAACCCGUACCAGAAUCUCUACCGAAGGUGCGGGUGCCUUUUUCGGCGCGCAACCCAUGUUUUUAGGUAAGGACGACGUCCAAAUUGGUGUUAACGAGUCGUUCUACGACACGACAUUCGUGGUGUCGUCCAUGGUGUCCUGUAUUUUUGCCCGUGUGAACAAGCACUCGGAAAUUCAAGCGUUGGCCCAGCAUUCCAAAGUUCCUAUCAUCAACUCGCUUUGCGACAAGUACCAUCCUCUUCAGGCUAUUUGCGACCUCCUGACCAUCAAGGAACAUCUCGAUUACACGAAAAACAAGCUCAAAGUAGCAUGGAUAGGGGACGCCAACAACGUUAUCAACGACAUGGCCAUCGCCUGCCUCAAAUUGGGCUUGGAUGUUGCUAUAUCGACUCCACCUGGCAUCGAGAUGGAUUCAGAGAUAGUUAAAGCUGGUCAAGAGAUAUGCAAGGAAAACGGUUCCAAGCUGGAGUGUACUCACAACUCAGCAGAAGCUGCGAAGGGUGCGCAUGUAGUGGUCACAGACACCUUUAUCUCCAUGGGCGAAGAAUACGCCAAAGUUGCCAAGUUAAAACAGUUCCAGGGCUUCCAGGUAAACACUGAAAUAUGUUCCCACGCCGAUCCCAACUUCAAAUUUAUGCAUUGUUUGCCAAGACACCACGAAGAAGUCACAGACGAAGUCUUUUAUGGCGACCAUUCUAUUGUCUUUGACGAGGCUGAAAACAGACUGUACGCUGCCAUGGCGGCGAUAGACGUAUUCGUAAUUAACAAGGGUGAUUUCACCGCGGGUCCAGACUCGAUCUUCAAUUGA